CUCCCCGCAACGCGCUCGGCGCCUCUCAUUCUCAUCACCGCCAUUCUACUGACAUUGCUCCUCUCCUCUCCCCCACAUCUGGUCCCAUCCUCCUACUCCCCAGCUUCUGGCCUCACCUUCCCUCCCUUCACCUAUCAACAUGUGCCCACCUCCGACGGACAGCCUGGACCGCAGCCAGUCCCACGAAGACGACUUUGACAACAUCGACUUUGAGCAGCUGUCGCACAUGGCCUCACAGCUACUCAAUUCGGAUGACGACAAGGAGAACGGCGCCUUCCCCGUCACUCAGCUCGCCCAGACCCCGCGCUCUAAACACCCACACCCCGAUGGCGAGGAACUCCACGCGCCGCGUACACCUGUCAACUCCGAGAUGCCUCGCACACCCCGCCGUAGUAACCAGGGUGAUGGAGCCGAUGGAGCAUCCCUCGCCGCUACGUCAGAGCUCCUGCAACAGACUGGCUACCAGUCACCGCCCCCACCCCCGCCCCCUGCGUUCCGCCCUCCGAACCAGAGUGCGGACAGUCGCCCUCACUUCACGGGAACCUUGAAGCGCAAGUAUGAGGACAUCCAGGACAAAUCGUACUUCCCGGAGGAGGUCAGCACCUCGCUGACAGACGAAAUCGAUGACUUCACCGAAAUGACUGAAAGCUUUGACCCCACCGAGGACGUGAUCCCCUUCGAGUUUAUCAACCUGCCCAAUGACACCUGGGACCGCCUGCAGGACGAGCAGAAGGAGCAGAUUCGUCGUGAGUGUGAUGUCCGCCUGAGGCCAUUUGACCUAGCAGGCUUCCAUGAUCAGAUUCUUCACGCGAGGAAGGUGGCCCCGCUUGUCACUCUGACCAUUGUAGCAUGACUAUGUCUAUCAAUGUCACACACGCCCUCUUCAACUCUAACGAGGCUACCCGGAACAAGCUCGUCGCGUCGAUCAACAAGAUUAAAACUGAAGAGGACAAGCACCGCCAGAAUGUGAUGCAGUUCCGCCGCUUCGCCGAGCUCCUCGACUCGGGAAUGAUGGCGCUGAGUGGAUUGGGUCACGAACGUGAGGGCGGCCCGGGUAGCAGCACCGGUGGUCCGCAG